ACAGACACACACUCACCCUUUCUCUUUCUCUCUCCCAUUCCACCUUCCUCUUUCCACAGCCAUUUAUUAGAUUCCUCUAGCCUUCCCUUUCCCAUUGGAUUGUACAGAUUCCUAGCUAAAUUACCCAUCUCAAAAUCUUCAUUUCUUGUGGAUUUUUGCCUAUUUUUUGCUUUGAUUCUUGCCUUUUGGACUGUACAGACAUGGAACUCUUCUGGGUUUUUUCUGGCUUUUGCUUAAAUGAGCAAACUUGCUUUCUGGGUUUGUUGCAGAACAGCCUUUGAUACCCAGUUGAAUAUGCCAAACAAGGCUUGAAGAGAACAAUCAUAUUUUAAAGAAAUUUUCCUUUUUUCCCCCAGUUUUUGUGAAUAAAUUUUGUUAUUUUUCAUUCUCUUCUUUUACCUCCCAAAUUUUCUCUCAAUUGUUUUUCUUCACUUGGGGUUAAGAGAGAGACAUGGGCAAGCAGGGGCCUUGCUAUCACUGUGGAGUUACAAGCACUCCCCUUUGGCGUAAUGGACCUCCUGAGAAGCCAGUGCUGUGCAAUGCUUGUGGGUCUCGAUGGAGAACAAAGGGGACACUUGCAAACUAUACCCCACUUCAUGCUCGGAUUGAACCUGAUGGUUAUGAGGAUCAUAGGACUCCUAGGGUGAAGAGCAUAUCUAUAAACAAAAACAAGGAGGUGAAACUGCUCAAAAGAAAACCAAACUAUGAUAAUGUGGUAGUUGCCCCUGAUUACAACCAGGGUUUUCGAAAAGCUGUUGAUGAGGAUACAAGUAAUAGAUCGAGUUCUGGGUCCGCCAUAUCUAAUUCUGAAAGCUGUGCUCAAUUUGGCAGUGCAGAUGCAAGUGACUUGACAGGUCCAGCCCAAUCUAAUGUGUGGGACUCAAUGGUACCUUCUAAGAAGAGAACCUGUGUAAACCGUCCAAAGCAAUCUCCUGUUGAGAAGCUUACAAAAGAUUUAUAUACCAUUUUACAUGAACAACAGUCUUCAUACUUCUCUGGAUCUUCUGAAGAGGAUUUGCUUCUUGAGAGUGAAACACCUAUGGUUUCUGUCGAGAUUGGACAUGGAAGUGUUCUAAUCAGACAUCCAAGUUCCAUAGUUCGAGAUGAGGAGUCAGAAGCUAGUUCUCUUUCAGUUGAAAACAAACAAUACUCAAUGAGUGAGGCUUAUUCACAUUCUUCAAGCCUCUUUUUACAUAAUGAUAGCAAGGAUUUAAAAUUUUCAGGUCGUGGAACUGAUAAGGCUAAGAACCCUGGUCAAGGAAUGCAGCAAGAGCAACUUAAGAGGGACAAUGCUCGGGCUGAAAAACUACAAAUCCUGGGAAGUCAUAGUUCACCUCUAUGUAAUAUAGAUUUAAAUGACAUUCUUAACUUUGAAGAGUUUGCGGAGCACUUGACAAAUGAGGAACAGCAGGAGUUACUGAAGCAUCUACCUCCACUUGAUACAGCUGAACUCCCAGAGAGCCUCAAAAGCAUGUUCGACAGCCUUCAAUUCAAGGAGAAUUUAACUUACUUUCAAAACCUACUUGAGGAAGGGGUCUUUGAUCUCUCACUUUCUGGGGUGAAAAUGGAAGACUGUGACACUCUGAAAAGGUUUGCGUUAUGCAACUCAGCAAAAUCCCAUUGGGUGGAACGCUAUCACAGGCUUAAGACAUUUAAAAGCAAUGGUGGAGGAUCCAUUGUGUCUAGAGGAACAAGUGGUACCGGAUCAAAUAGUAUGGCAAAUGUCAAGAGAGCACGUGACAACAAAAGUCAUAGUUUUCUGGAAGCAAAGACUCUGAAGAGCCCCAAAAGGGUGAUCAUGAAAGCUACUUUUGAAAACAAAGAGCUCUUAGACAAUGAUGGCUCGUGCUUUAGUCCCAGAAGUUUGUUUGCUUUGCCUCCUGAUAGUAGCUCCAUGAUGCUGGAUUCUCUCCAUUUUGUUGAUGAAAUUUCUGAUCAGGACCUGCUACUUGAUGUGCCAUCCAACGGCUCAUUCCCAGAGGCGGAGCUCCUUCAUCCACCUUUAAGUUUUGGACAACAGGCAAGCACUUGUAGUAGCUCAGCAUACCCGCAUUUUGUCCACCCCUAGCAAUGUUCCUCAAACUAUUAGUCUGCUGCUCCUACCAGAUCCUGAGAGUUUAGGUCUGCAUGUUUUGCAUCUAGACAUAAAAAUGGCUGUGAAUUAGGUUUGAUGGUUGCUCUUUUUGCCCUCUUAUCUUUUCAAACUUGCAUUGCGAAGGGGUAAGCUUGUGGUGGGGUUUUUUUUUUUUUUUUUUUGGUUGUAUAGGUUGAUAGCAGAUUGUAAUAUAUAGCUCGAAAAAUGCACAAGAGAUUAUAAUCUCCAGAGUUAUGCAUGCACAUGUGGUUUUUGCCUAGCAAAAUAACUGUAUACACACACCCUUUCCAUAGCUUGCUUUCCUUUGUUCCCUUUGAUUUUGCCAAGUGGGGAAGAUUGAACACAAUGAAAGGAACAGGAAAAUAUGUGGAAUCAGUGUUUGAAUAUGAUGAAUCGGGGAAUUAAACUGUCUGUUCUUGCCUUCUUGUUCUAGGCCACUGAUUCAAAGGGCACCAUUGUGCAUGAUCU